CUGAGCCUCUACUUCAGUCAAUCCUCUCUGUUCGUAACUCUCGUGUCAAGUCAUAAAUAAUCUAUAAAUCACACACAAAACGUCAUGAAGACUCUGACAGUUGAUCCAUGGGGUCCAGCGGUGUCACAGAAUGAAGUCCCGACUUCCUUCGAGGAUUCCUUCGUCACAGCGCGGGCCGAUCUGAGGUUAGACGACUCUGAUCAAUACCUCCAGAGACUCUACUCUAGACUGCGUCAGGUUCAGGGUGGCACCUCCAAGAAGGACCUGGUGAAGUCCUUGUCUCAGGUAAAAGAGGACACGAUAGCUCGAUUAAUCACCAGUGGCAGGAGAUUAGACCCUGAAGAGGAGGCGAUCCUUGGGAGUAAUCCCUUGUUAAGACAUAUAACACCACAUCUUCAGGCGAUGACGGCCAGCGAAUUAGUCCACCUCUUGAAGGCCGAUGUUCUCCAAUCGUCAACAGACGAACAGCAAGAGACAAAUGUAAUCAUCACAGAUUCCACCGACACCGCAAUUCCCUCUCCCACUUCUUCCACCACUUCCUCUAAUUAAAUGUCCCAAAUUUUUAAUUCAAAUUGUAAUUAAGUGCAGCCCUUGGAGUGAAAGCUGUAUUAACCAGAAUCCUCUGUCUCGUGAAUAACUUCAUGAAAUCCUGACGCAAUAUUCAUACGGGAAAGCCGAUUGAACAGAUUUUCCCUUCCUGCGAGUUGCCAGAGACAAUAGCGUCUCGUCAAAUUUGCGGAGGAGUCGUUUCACGUAUGAAACUGGGUUAUCCCACCGAGUACAUAGGUUUUACCCCAUAACAUCCACCCUGAGAAUAUUUCGAGGGGUUGAUUCUUGACUGGGGCGUGGCUGGGACGUGCACUGAACACGUCUCAAUUACGAAUUCAGUUGAAUGAGUUGAGUAAAUGUUGUGAGAACCGAGUGGAUAAAAUAAUGUAAUCAAAUAAAAUGACAUUAAGCCGAA